ACACCUAAUUCCUUCCGUGCCGAACUCACAGUCGAACUACACGUGUCCUCAUUCCUCCUUUUCAUCCCCCCACUUUUAAUUUCCAUAAUUGUUUUCUGAAGUUGCUUCCUUUUUUCAUUUUCAUUCUUUAAUCGUUGAUUUUGCUUGGUCUUAAUGAUUUCCUCCGACCGACCUCAAUUAAUGUAUACACAGUUGACAGUUAGCUGGCAGUUUCCAGUUUCGUCCCACCCGCCAUUACUGUACACCAGCCUUGUUCUCAAACCAGUACAACUAGAACAAUCCACACCUUGUUGUUACUGUUCACCUUUUAAAAUCUUGUUAAAAGGAAAUCAAUUUUAUUGGUUGGGUUUCUUUAUUAUAUAUAUGCUUUUUAAGUUACCUGGAAAGGUCUUGGAAUCCGUUAUGCCCAAGGAAAAGGGGCCUGUCUUGGGGGUAUCACAUCAGGUGGGCUUGUCUCUGGUUUCAGUGGGCAGAAUCAUUUCUUUUUGUUGAGAUCUGCAACCUGGGUGGUGAAGAUUUCAGUCUUCAAGUUCUGGGUUUUGUUCAGAAUUUUGGAAAGAUGGGAACUUGAACUGGGCAGUGGACUCGUGGGCUGAAGACAGGUUUUAUCAGCUUGGAACUGAAUCAGUUUGUGGUGCCUGAUAUUGGAAUUGAUGUUUACCUUCAGCUUCUAUUGGCCAAAUAUGUUGUGGACUUGAAUGAUGGUCAUUUGUUCAUGAACAAUGAGGGGAUGAUACUGUAAUCUAUUGGUAAUACCUGGAUUAGUUAACCGUCACGACUUUCUGAGAGGGCUCUUCGUAGUUUGGCUGGAAAUGCAAAGAUGGAGAAAAAGAGAAAAAUCACUCAAUACAGAGAGAGGCUGGACAAGACACUGACAUUGCCUAAUCUAACAAAUAAGGAGGCUCUAAAAGUCCUUGUCAAGGAUCAGCUUUUGCGUUCUUCAGAAACUGAAAUUGAAGGUUGUAAUGCAAAUGUGAUAGAACAAAGGACGGCUGAGGUGUCAAAUUUGCUUGACAUGCUGAGGAGUGCUUCAGAUGGUGAUGACAAGGGGUUGAAAACUUGUGAUACCCUAUCACACCCUGAAUGGAAAUUAAAACAGGACAAUGAGGAGUUCCGGGUUAUGUAUCGUGAGGGAAUCCAAGGCUCUCCAUUUCAUACAUUACUUGUUGAAGGUUACAUAGAUGGGCCUGUAGAUGUCUGUUUGUGCAUCUCAUGUGAGGCAGACCUUUACAAGAAAUGGUGGCCUCAGUCUACCAUUCCAACUUUUAAAAUUCUCUCUGGGAAGUGUUUACAGAAGGUCGGGAUUGGCGAACAGAUAUCUGUAGUGAGGAUGAAGAUUCCGUGGCCACUUUCACCUAGGGAAGCUGUUGUGCACUAUUUUGUGUUUGAGUACUAUGAAGAUGACCUGGUUGUUGUUCUCUUGAACACGAUCUCUGAUUUUGGAGGCAUUGAUGAUGGCCUUAAAAAUGAGGCAACUGAUGGAGCAAAGGAAGUAGUUAGGAUAGAUGUAGUAGGUGGCUUUGCUUUGCAGAAGGUUACCGAUGAUAGAAGUUACUUUCGGACAAUAGCAAAUAUGGAUAUAAAGAUGGACUUGAUCCCACCAUCCCUUAUAAAUUUUAUCUCAAGGCAGCUCAUUGGCAAUGGUUUCAGACUGUAUCAAAAGGUAGUGUCUUCUAAGCUUAAUCGUGAUGAAGAUUACAGCAAGGCUUUGAGAGGCCCACUAUACUCUCGCAUACGUGAAGCUCUUUCUUCACUUCAUGAAUCAAGCAGGCUUCUGGAGGGAAAAAAGCUAAAUGGUGAUGCAUCCAAUCUCUCUGAAGAACAUCUAGUUAAAAAUAAAAUGAAUGAUUUGAAGUUGGUGGAUAUGGAUGAGAAAGUUCGUGAUGAACACCUUGCAAGUGAAGCUACCCCAGAUGAUGCACAUGUUACUGGAGGAAACACUCUUUGUGAGAUUGAGGAGGUAGAGAGUGAAGAAAGCAAGACUGAGGAGAUUAGAAGCGAAAAAAGCAAGAUUGAGGUGGUAGAGAGCAAAGAAAGCAGGCAGCUUGAGGAUCAAACAUCCAACAAAAUUCCAGAAAGGGGACAUGUAAAUGGAAAGAGAAACGUGUUUAUCAGUUCUGAGGUGGAAGAAGCUAUAGGAACAAUAGAAAGGGUCAUUUUGAGGGUUAGGCAAUAUAGGUUCAGCGCUGAAAUGCCAUCCUCUGGUUUCACCAAUGAAGUCUUACGAAAGGAAAAUGAUGGACCUAACCCAGAGUCCUUAGAAGAUGAAGUCCGCUUAAGUGAACAUUUUUCUGCAUUAACUAAAGAAGAGGACACUGAAGGGGUGUUGACUACACCUUUAAGGAAUAGCACUGCCAUUCAAAACAUAAGUUAUGCAGGCUCAAAUUACUUGUCGAAGGAAGCUAACCAUAACAGAAUAGUACCUACUACCCCAUUGUGUUCCUCCAAAGAUGGGAUUGCUGAGUUACCAGUAGUGGAUAACAUCAUGCAUAGUACUAACCAAAUUAGCUGCAAGACAAAUGACACUCAUCAAAGUAGUCCCAGUAGAAGGAAGAAGUCAGGGCGGCAAAGAAGGCUUGGGUUCUGUUGCUUCAACAUCAAUUCGGGAGAGAUAGAUUCUUAAGAGGCGAAUGAAGUUAAAGUUGCAAGACUGGAGUUUUGUAAGUCACUCCACAAUUCUACAUUCUGAGCCCAAUUGAUUGCAUAAGGGUUGAGAGUGGAUCUGGAGCAUUUCAUGAUUGAAAUGGCUUAUAACUGGUUAAAUAUACGACUAUGAGUUUUCUGGGAAAAAGAUGUAUCGGUAUUUUAUAAUAGCCAAUUGCAUAGUAAGUAAUAGUGGAAAAGUAUACAGCUGCAAAUAGAUUGUGUUUUCUUAUGGGACUUGUUCUUGGUCA